AGGCGAGCAAGAUGGCAUCUCCUAAGAGCGCGCCGAAAGAUGCUCAGGCCAGCUAACACCUCCCAACAAAGGAUUCCCCCAGACAGGAAGCAGCCAAGCUUUGAAGCUGCAAGACCAUUCAAUGCUAAUCAAGGUGGCCAUUUGCAACAUUCACACUUACCUCCAACAAAGAAGAGUCCUUUCUCCCACCCUGGACAUUAUUCCACAGGUGAUGGCCCAGAUCCUGAAAGAUAUGGGGAUUACGGAGUAUGAGCCACGGGUUAUAAACCAGAUGCUGGAGUUUGCAUACAGGUAUGUGACAACCAUCUUAGAAGAUGCCAAGAUUUAUUCCAGUCAUGCCAAGAAGUCCAGUGUGGAUGCAGAUGAUGUCCGGUUGGCCAUCCAGUGCCGGACAGACCAGUCCUUCACCUCUCCUCCUCCACGAGAUUUUUUGCUGGAUAUCGCAAGACAGAAAAACCAAACGCCUUUGCCACUGAUUAAACCGUACUCUGGGCCAAGGUUGCCCCCAGACCGAUACUGCUUGACAGCACCAAAUUACAGGCUGAGAUCCUUACAGAAAAAGGUCUCUUCCUCUGCUGGAAGGAUAACUGUGCCACGACUCAGUGUUGGAGCUGUGACCAGCCGCCCCAGUACACCCACUUUAGGAACGCCUUCAGCGCAAGCUAUGUCAGUUUCUGCAAAAGUUGGGACCCCCGUCUCCCUGACAGGCCAGAGGUUCACCGUGCAGAUCCCCACAUCUCAAACAUCAGUAAAAUCAGCAACGCCCACCACUCCGACGGUCCAGAAUGUGCUGAUCAACCCAUCCCUGAUUGGAUCCAAAAACAUCCUCAUCACCACCAACAUGGUCUCGUCGCAGGGUGUGUCUGGCGAGUCAAACGCGUUGAAAAGGAAACAUGAGGAUGAGGACGAUUACGACAACUUGUGAGAGGCAUACAGAGAGGGCUGUUCUGCAUCCCUCAGACCACAUUUUAAUUUUUUUGCUUUGGACUGCGUGGGCAAGAAGCCUUUUUGCUGGCAAGGAGCCACUCUUUUUAAGGCCAUGUUGGCAUUUGGGAAUUGCAGGAGGCCUCAGUUUACUGGGUAAUCCUACCCAUCACUGGAAGGAAGGAAAUAAGCUUAACGGAACUCAGCUCUGAAAGAUCUGUGCCAUUUUGCUUUUGGGCCAGAAGCGAAUCAUUGAAGCCGCCCUCAAAGGAAAAUAAAGGGAGGGAAAGGACAGGUUCAAAUUCCUUUCUUUCUUGCAAGCUGCCUGUUUUUGAGGCCAAAAAAAAACUAAACCUAAACCCUGCUUUUCAUUGUUCUUAGUCAGAACCCUAUGAAACUGCUGGAUGUGGAGAAGUGUUUGUAUUUGCCUUUAGUGGGGUUAUAAAUUGUGGUUUUGCUCAUAUAUAUCUUAAGUUUAAUUUCCUCAUUUUCAGUAUUUAUUCUCUUUAUUAAAAAAUAGUUCUAUUCUGAUUACUUGCUUCCCCCCCCCCCAAAAUGUUUGCAUCAUGGGAAGAAGAGAUUAAAUAGAAUCUGUAACUUGAAAGUGUUAUGUAAAGAGUAGGUUGCAAGGUUUGGGGGAAAAUGGUUUUUGGACUUCACUUCCCAUAAUCCCUCAGUCCUCUGGGCCAUUUCUCGGUGUGCAUCCCCACUUUCUCGGUAGCCCUAUGGCAAAUGAUUUGCCCUGUGGAGAAAUUAUAUGCAGGCACAGGUCAUGAACAGGAUGCAAAGCAAUUGAGUUCAGCAACCUUUGGAGAACCUUUUUCCAUAUCUAUGUAAAUGGCAGGUUUGACUUUCACGGAUUUUAUUAUGAGCAGGUUUGGUUAAAAUGUUUCCCCUAGGAAUCUCUUGAUACUUCAGUGCAUCUCUACAAUCAGCUUCCAUUAGGAGUUCAUCAAAGAGUCAUGCUGGAGGAUUUAGGACUCAUCUAAACUGCUAUAUAAUGCAGCUUGAACUGGAUUAUAUGGUCAGUGUAUUGUAGACUCAUAUAUUGCAAAUUGAACUGAUCUGAAUUAUAUCAGUCUACACUGCCAUAUAAUCUAGUUCAAGGCCGUUAACCAUCAUUCUGAAACUGGAUUAUAUGGCAGUGUAGAUGGGGGCUUCCCAUUGACUGUAGAGAACUGACUAUCCAUUUCCCAAAUAAAGACACAGUUAAGCUAUAUUUGCUACCAAAACAUUAGUUUAUUUGCAUAUCAGAAAUUAGCUAUUAAUUACAAAAAAACAAUCAAAGGUUGACAUCUGUUUAGACUGAUGCCUUAAGAAAAACAAUUUUAUUACAAUAAUAUCCGACACUGCACAUGAAAGUAUCUUUUUCAGAGUAGAACACUGAAUUAAGGAGGGUUUUUCCAUCGCUGAGGUGCUGCAUGACUAAGAACUUGAGAAAUGGUGUCAGCCAUAGGAGGAAGUGGGACAAACCCUUUAGAAACUGAAACCAGACAGGGCUGUCUACAUAAAUAGGAAAAUUUAACAAACAGUAGAAUGACAGAAUCAUUUAAAGAGUUAUGUUAUGCAUUACAACUACAUUGCAACCCUACUAUGUACAAAUCAAAGGAAGCAAAGUUAUGAAGCUGUAUUGGUUCAUACCAAGAGUUUGGAGUUCAGUGUAUAUUUGAAAGCAAAAAGAGUCAUAUGGUACCUUGAAUCCAAAUAAAAAGAUGGUUUUUAAAGCGGCCCAAGAUCUGGGCAGGA